AUGGAUCGGCAACCGCAUGCUCCUACAAGUCGCCAUGAAGAUGACGAACUCGACCUCGCUAUAUCAGCGCGAGAGCACGCCGUUAACAGCUUGCCUCAAGGUCACCCGAAAGCGCCCGAUCGCCUCCACAGUCUGGGAUACGCGCUGUGGACUCGCUAUCUGAAACACAACCAUCUCAACGAUCUUGAGCGGGCCGUCAACUCGUAUCGCCUGGUUGUCGACCUAACUCCCAAAGACCGACUACGCAGCAAACCUGCCCGAUUGGAUUCUCUCGGACUCGCUCUCCACACUCGCUUUCGACGUCGUGGUGAUUUCGACGAUCUCGCGCACGCUAUCGAGGUGCAGCAGUUAGCAGUGAGCGUCACGUCCGACUGUGAGCCUCAACUACUCGCACGUCUCGAUAGCCUCGGAAACUCCCUUGCCGUCCGAUAUGACCGGCGAGGAGACAUGCAUGACAUACAAACCGCCAUCGAAGUUCAACAUCGCGCUUCCGAGCUUGCGUUAAAUGACCAUCAUCCCGACCGGCCCAGGUUUCUCAACAACCUGGGGAACUCGUUCUUGGCUCGCUUUCAGCGCUCCGGCGAACUAAUCGAUCUACGAAGCGGCAUAGAGAAGCUUUCUUGCGCGGUCGAGAUCACGCCGGACGGGCACCCCGCUUUGCCUGUGCGGCUCAAUAGCCUCGGACUCGCUCUGCGCGUUCGUUUCGAGCGCCUGUAUGAACUCGAGGAUCUCGAGGGAGCGAUCCGCAGUCAACGCAGAGCUGUUGAGCUCACACCUGACAAGGACCCCCAGAUGCCCGUGCGAGUCACCAGCCUCGGUACCUCCCUUUCCCUGAGAGCGAUGCGCCUAGGCACUCUUGAAGACUUGGAGUGGGCUAUCACUGCGAAACAGUCUGCGCUUGAUCUCACGCCCACAUGGGACCCUUCGCGACCUGCCCGGCUCGAAACUCUAGGUUUAUCAUUGGUCCUUCGAUACGAGCGUAUGAAGGACCUCAAGGAUCUUCAUCGUGCUAUCGAGGCGCACGAGUCAGCUCUUGAGCUGACACCGCCCGAUCAUCCUGCGCGACCCGCGCGGUUAGACCAUUUCGGCGUCGCCCUCGAACUCCGUUUCCAACAUUGCGAUACGCAAGAGGAUCUGGACCGUGCUAUCGCGUUACAACAAGAGGCCGUGGAUCUCACCGAGUCACUUGACUAUCCUCAAAAGCACAUAUGCGCCUUCAACCUCGGAAUCAGCCUUCGCCUCCGCUUCGGUAGCCAGGGCGAUCUUGGUGAUCUCGAACGCGCCAUUCAGCUUCAAAGACGCACUAUUGAGAAUACACCUAGCGGCCACCCUCAGAGGGUCGUUCAGCUACAGGAGCUGGGGUUCUCUUUGGUGGCACUGUUCAAACACUCCAAGAGCAAGCUGAGAUUCGAUGCGGCCAUUACGUGUCUUAUGAAGGUUACGAUGGAGCCUCUCGGCGAUCCUACGAUCCGUCUGGAGUCUGCACAAGAAGUGGUCUCGCUGCUGUCCGAGCACAACGACUUCGGCUCUGCAGACUCCCUGUUGCGCGCGCAUUCGCAGAUCAUCGAGGUCUUCCCCGAGAUCGUAUGGCUCGGCCACAACGUCGACCGCCGAUACAAAGAAUCCGCUAAACUUGGAACCCUUGUGAACGCUGCAGUCGCUGCCUUCAUCAAGUUCGAUUCGAGAUACCAGGCCAUUGAAUGGAUGGAGACGGGCAGAUCCCUCGUUUGGUCACAGAUCUUGGCACUGCGAACACCCCUGGACGAUUUGCAGGCCGAGCACUCAGAUCUCGCCCUGCGCUUGAAGGAGGUAGCGCAGGAUCUUCAACACUGUGCUCCGAUCAGCGGAUCAAUCGCUGGCUCCGGCGAUCAACCCGUUGAAACAACGGUCGAGACACGCCGACAGCUCGUCAACCGCUACGAGCGUAUCUUGAGUGAGGUUCGACAAUGCGCCGGCUUUCAUGACUUUCUGCGCUCGCCGAAGAUCGCGAGUCUCUUGGAAGACAUCGAGCAGAUCGACGGACCGGUCGUCUUCAUCAAUAUCAACACAUCUAGAUGCGACGCUUUGGUGCUUUCGCCGAAUGGUUCCAUACAGCACAUUCCACUUCACUCCCUGACGGAAGAGCGAGCUGGCGCUUUGCGCGCGGCCUGGAUAAGAUGCCUUCGCUCAUCGGCCUCCCGAGAUCGAGGUGUGAUAGCCCCCCAGAGGCUCAUGAUUGCAGGACAGACGGACGAAUUUGGUUAUGUCUUGAAAAGUUUGUGGACGCUAGUCGUAUCUCCGAUCCUGGUUGGGAUGGGCAUGGUGAAUGCAGAUAGCUUCAUUCGUCUCCCGCAUGUAACGUGGUGUCCGACAGGACCACUCACGCAGUUGCCGCUUCACGCCGCGGGCAGCUUCGACUUCAUAAACGCAAGCGACGAUCAGCCGCAUGUAUACGAUUAUGUCGUAUCGUCCUACAUACCGUCCCUCGCUGCGCUCCUUCGUUGUAGCAAGGGGCACAGGCGAACUGCGCAGCCAGAUCUAUUGGUUGUGACGCAGCCAGCAACUCCAGGAUGGCCUACACUGCGAGGCACAUUGAAUGAGUGCGCUCGUCUGCGAGAACUGCUACCCGAGAGUCGCUUCUUGGAACAUGACGCCGCCACUGUAGCAGAGACUCGCAAGAUCUUGAGCGCUCACUCUUGGCUUCACUUCGCCUGUCAUGGACUACAAAAGUCCGACGACCCCACGCAGAGCGCCUUCGCGCUGUACGACGGCUAUUUGACGCUUUCUGACCUCAUGAACAUUGUCUCCGACGACGCUGAGCUGGCAUUUCUGUCGGCGUGUCAAACUGCGGCGGGAGACGAGAAGAUCCCGGAGGAGUCUGCACACCUUGCGGCCGGCAUGCUGGCAGUCGGCUUCAGAGGUGUCGUUGCGACGAUGUGGUCCAUCACCGAUGCGGAUGCGCCCAUAGUUGUACAGGCAUACUACCAGAAGCUACUCGAGCUUCGCGGAUCUCAUAUCGCUGAUGGACGCGGAAGGACAUGGGCGGCAUAUGCUUUACAUCAUGCGGUCAGAGUUCUCAGGGAAUAUGUAGGAGAAAGGAACUUUGUGAAGUGGGCACCGUUUGUACAUGUUGGUGUUUGA